AUGGGUUCUUCAACAUCGAAGCAUCCCUUCAAUGCAAAAUUUUUUUCAGAGACGUUCCUCGCUGAUAUAGGUUGCGACAAUAAAGGUACUGUUUUGUGCAAGGAUGAGGGUUUACCGUGUUUAAAUGGUGGGAUUUGCGCUCUUUAUGUAUCCGACAUAGACGACAAGUGCAUUAAACGCUGCAAGUGUACUGAUGAUUACAUUGGUGAUUAUUGUCAGUUCUAUGCUGGGUUCUAUUCUGCUACGAUCGGUUUGGUAGUUGGACUAUUUGUUACACUUUUAAUAAUUCUAUUCGCGGUUAUUUUAAUCUGGUAUUGUUGCUCACGAAAAAAAAGAAGAGAAAAAGAAAAUUACCAAGCUGAACGAUUGCCACCGAGAACAUGCCUAUCUAAUCGAAUUGAUAGAAAUAACAUGGUUUGCGGAAGUAAUCGUGCAAUGAUGAAUAGUAAUAAUAAUAAUAGUAAUAAUCCAAACGACGAAACUGAUGUGAACAAUGUAACACCAUAUGCUAGUUUUGUUAAUCUAGCACCAGGACAGACACAAGGAUACUCUACUUCGCAAUCGUUUAGUGUAUACGAAAAUGUUGGUUGGGGUGAAGAGUUCGAUUCAUCGAAACAUGAUUUAAAUGAUCCGAUGUCAACAUAUACUUACGAAACACAAGGUCAAGUUCAUUUAGUUGAAAUUGAUAAUUCAACUGAAACAUAUUUAAAUAGGAAUACAAUUGAUGAUAAAGAAACUUCUUAUUCAGAAUAUGGUUUAUUAACUGAAAGAUCAGUAACAGCACAACCAGUAUUACUUAAUCAACGGGAAACGAUUGCUUAA